AUGGACAUUUGGGUUGUUUCUACUUUUGGCUGAUGUGAAUUUUGCUGCUAUGGAACAUUUAUGUACAAGUGUUUGUGAUCAUGUUUUCAUUACUCUUGGGUUAUAUAUCUAGGGGUGGAAUUGCUGGGUCAUACGGUAACUCUGUUUUAACCUUUUGAAGAACUGCCAGACUAUUCUCCCAAAUGGCUGCAUCAUUUUCCAUUUUCCCCAUUAGUGUAUGAGGGCUCUGGUUUUUCCACGAUCCUCGACAACACUUAUUUCGCAACGUGAAGUGGUAGCUCCUUGUGAUUCUGAUUUGCAUUUCCCUGAUGUAUAAUAAUACUGGGCAUCCUUCCGUGUGCUUCAGAAUGAACUUUCUUAAGAAAGUUAUUCUGUUAUUCUUCUGCUUAAAACCUUUCCAAAGCUUGGAAUAAAUUCCAAACUCCAAUGGUAGCUCACAAGGCUUGUCAAAAUCUAACUUCUGGUAUCUCUGGCCUGUUCUCCCCAACCUCCCCUGCCCUGUGCCCACUAGUUACUUGGACCCAUCUUGAUCUCACCAGCCUUUCACAACUCUGCUCAGUGCUUUUCUUCCCCAGCAGUGACACACUCCCCUGGACCUUUCUCCCUUCUGCCUAAGCCUUGCCUUCUCUUUUCCCUCAUCCUCAUAGACUUAGAGGUGGCUGCCUCCAACUUCCAGAGCCAGGUUAUGGGCCUCUGCUACACAGUGCUGUCAUGAAUGAGACUCUGCUCAUUUCAAGGUUGGGCUAUACAGUCACACCUAAGAUAAAAAUGGAGUGUAAUCAAAAUUCCUCUUGGAAAUCCUGGGGAACAUGCCAUGUUGAAAACCAGCAUCGUGAGAUCCAGCACAGUUGGUUUCUGCCUGUGUGGGAACAGAUCAUAGUUUCUUUGGUUGAGCUCCAGCUGAAGUGGUAGGCCUGCAAUGAAGGGCAUAUUGUGGAAAAAAAACCCACUUAUUUUUAGGUGUUAAACUCACUCAGGCAAGCAACUCACUUUUGAAGAGGCUCUUGGGAACUGUAACAAGCCACACAAGCUUACCUUAGGUGAGUGGAGGGGCAGGUGAAAUGGCCCAGAUGACUUAAAAUUGUUUUCCUUUCUCCUUGUCAUUUUAAAAAUUUUCUCAGGAGACUAUACCAUUGUGUUUGCCUAAGUGAAAUGUGUGUAUGAUGCCAAAUUUCUGUAACCCCCCCCCAGAGCCAGCACGGCUAUACACUGAAUUGUAAUUCCCUGUUCCUACUUUGUCUUUUUUGCUAGAUUGUAAGCUCCAUGAGAGUAGGCACCAUGUCUGGUUUGUUCAUGGGGGUUUCUCCAGUCUUAGAGCCAUGCCUGGCACCUGGCAGGUUAUCUGUAAACAUGCGGUGAAUGUCUAAAUCUCCCAGCUGCAGGAACAGCUUCAUUCUCUGAGGCCUGGGGUCCUCUUACAGGCUAGUCCUUGUUUUCUGCCUUGUACACACAGUACUUGAUGUUCAUGUUUUAUUUUCCCUUUUAGCCUGUGAGCUCCUAAUGAGCAGGUGUCUUCAUGUUGUUAUCUCUGUAUCCUCCCACCAUGCCAGUCCAGAGUAAGGAGUACUUAAGAAGUGUUUGGUAAAUGAGUGAAUUAUGGUAACAACCCAGCUCUGACUCCUUUGCCUAUAGGCUAGUCGAAAUCUAGCUGACAUUACCAGAUUGAAAAAGAGGAAGAUUAUUCAGAAGUACAUAAACUGUACUUGUAUAAGAAAAAAAUCUCAUUAAUUAGACCUCCAUAAAAUUCAAAUUUUGGUGAUCUGGCCAUAUCUGAGCUGAAGUGUACUUGCUGUAUAAAGAAUUUGCAAGAGAAUCAUGUAGAAUAUUUUUUUUGGAAAGCAUUCAUCUGCCCCAGGAGAGCAGGAAAGGAAGCUGGUAGGUGGAUGAGAGGCCCCAAAGAGGGACUACUGAGCCAGUUCUUAGCUUUGGGUCCUAUGGGAAAGGAAAGUGACAGCAGUCCAAAGAAGGCAAAGAGAAAACUUGUUCAGGCAGCAGCUCUUUUGCCUCCAGUAGCAAUUCCAGCUCUCACUCGAGUGUUCUUAAAGUUAUGCUGCAGUGCAAACGGGCCGUUUGGGUUCACAGUAACAGCGAACCAUGGCUUCACAGAUUAAUUAAUUGCUGUACAAAUCAAUUGGGUAUAUAAGUAUUUGCUUUUAAACUUUAUAUAACAGGAAACAAAUGAAGUUAAAACAUUUUUUUUCCUUUAAGAACUAAAAGGACAGAAUGUUUUUGAUAAUUUUGAGAAUAUCACACUUGCUUCAAGGCAGAUUAUUGCAUAAUCUGACCAACAAAAAUCCAGAACUUUUCUUACAUGUUUAUAAAAUAAAUCUUAGAAGAAAAAAUAUGGUAAGCAUUUUUUUUAAUGAAAUUCUAUGAACAUUUCACAAGAUUUUGAUGUUCCUGGGAGCAAUUAGGGAAAUGCUGGCUCAAAAGCCUAUUUUGGAUUGUGAGGCACUAAAGUGGGAGUUUCCUGUGCUAUAGAUAAAACUCUAGAGUAUGGGUGGUAUUAACCUGCCAAAGUCAAUACCCUGCCCUAGGGUUCUUACCUGUUUUUGCUCGAGCAAUUCUGAGGCCCUCUGUGCAUGACCAGAGUCUUCAGUAGGUGAAACUUUGUGUUAUCUCAAAUUGUCUGUGACCCUCACCUCUGACUGUAGGGUAGUGAAGCUGUAGGUUAGUGAAGCCAAGAGGCCCACAACAUUGGCAGGAGAGGAGACAUGACCUUCCUGUCCCUUCCUGGCUGUUUGUGUGUUUAAUCAUGUGGUGCCUCCCCUCUUGUCAUUGGCAAGGAUUACUCAGAAAGCCUAUGAGCAGGAGGUUGUACUUUUAGCUCAGGUAGAGUGUCUUUGGGGGAAGGUCAAAUAGAAUGAGACUGGGCCUGAAGCCUGGGGACUCAUUUUUUCUCACAUACAAACUGAACAAGACUGAACAAAUCCCUUCCCCACUCUGGACCCCAGUUUCCCUCUCUGUCAGACGAAGAGCUCAACUGGGAUGGCCUCCAGGUUUCUUUCUGUUGCUAAUGUGAGUUCUAGGAUCUUUGCUCUACCUUUGCAAAGACCAUUAGGAGCCUAAGUUGCACAGGAAGGAGGUAGGGGCAAGCAAGAGGCCCAAGCCCUUGGACCCUUGGUCCAUAAACCAACCCCUCAGCUACAGAAGAACAAGAGGAUCCUCUCCCUUGCUUCCUCCGCACUAAGCCCACCUUCCCCAACACGCAUGCAUGCACCAUUCCAUGUUUUAUUUGGGAGGCUUUUUAGGAAGUAGUCCAUUGUAUUAGCAUGGGCUACCAUAACAAAAUACCAUAGACUGAGUGGCUUAAACACCAGAAAUUUAUUUUCUCACCAUCUAGAGGCUGAAAGGCCAAGAUCAGGAUGGUAGCAUAGUCAGGUUCUAAUGAGGGCUCUCUUCCUGGCUUGCAGACGGCCAUAUUCUCAUAGUGCCCUCACAUGGCCUUUCCUUGGUACGUGCACAUGGGGAGAGAGAUCGCUCUUCCUUUGCUAAGGCCACUAAGCCUAUUGAUUAGGGCCAUACAUUUAUGACCUUAAUUAUCUCCUUUAAGGCCUUUAGACCCUAUCUCCAAAUAAACUCAUGUUGGGGGGUUUAUGGCUUCAACAUACGAAUUUGGCAGGGGGCGGGGCACACAGUUCAGUUCAUGACACCCAGUAUAUGUUUGUGAAAUGAGGUCUCUGCUUUUUAAAAGCUCACAAACUGGGAGAGAUUUAGCCCCAUGGGUAUGAGAGGAGUAGGGUUGUAGUAGUUCAGAGUCCUGGUACUGGAGGAGACAGACCUGUCUUAAGUCCCAACUCUGCCACUUAUUAGCCAUAUGGCCUUAGGCAAGUUACUUAACCUCUCCAGUCCAAUAUUCUCAUCUGGGAAAUCAGGAUAACCAAGUAGGGUGGCUGUUAGGGUCAGAUGAGGGCUUUGCAUGGAAGGCCCUUGGCACUGAGUCUGGCACUCCCUCCUUAGUGCUCAGUCAAUGGUAGUGAUUCCUACCACUCCUCAGAUUGCCCCCAGCUGCCCUUUGCCAGCUCUGUCCUCCAUUGCAGCCCUGUCUCUGUAAGUCCUCAUGCUUCCAAAUGCCCUCUACCCAGCUUCCCAGAACUCAGAAGGCUAGUGGGUAGUUAGAACGUCUUCUAGGCCUACAGGCGGUGAGGCAGGACUGUGGGAACAGCCCCCCAUCCACUGGUGAAUGCAGAUACCAGAGCUUUGGACUCACUCUCAAAACAGAGCCGUUAGUGCUUUGACCUCUUGCUGAACAGGUCAUCUCCAUCCUGUAACUUUUAAGACUUUUUAUUUUGAAAUAAUUUCAAAAUUACAGAGAAGUUUCAAGGAUAGAACAAAGAACAUUUUGCAAUAUUUUAUCAUUCAUUCUUUCCCUCCUACCUUCUGUCCCCCCAUCCCCACCUCUGAAGCAUGAACUAUUUGAGAGUGACUUGCAUACACCUAUCCCUUUACCCUUAAAUAUUUUAGUGUACAUUUCCUAAAUUCUUAGGAAAUAAGGACAGUCUCUCAUAUGACCAUCACAUAGUUAUCAAAUUCAGGAAGUGUAUAAUUUUAUCUGAUCAGCAUAGUAGUAUCUAAUCUUUAGUUCAUGUUUCAUUUUUACCAGCUGUCCCAAUGUUUUUUAAAGCUUUUUUUUUUUUUUCCUGGUCCAGGAUCAGGAACAAAAUGCAUUUUGUUUCCUCUCCUUAGUCUCCUUUAACCUGGAACAAUCCUUUAACCUUUGUCUUAUGGAUAUACUGAUAUUUUUGAAGAGUUCAGCCCAGUUAAAUGUUGUAGAAUGUCCCUCAAGUUGGUCCCUUACCAUUUGUCUAAAACCUGUAUGAGGCUCUGAGCAGAAGCAUUGUAGAACAUAGUCUCGCUCUUUUCUUGGGAUCUUAAAUUUGGAUUUGUGGGGAUAGCAGUUACUAUCAGAGGGACAUGCCGGACCUAUGUGUGCUCAUGAUUAGUGUUCUGUCAUGCUGACACCAGCAAGCUUGGAUAAAUACAUCUUUGAGGGAUGCACGAUGAGUCUGCAUUCUAGAAGUCUCCAAAGAUGCAGAAAUGGCCCUGCACCCUGUCCAGCCUCCAGUCACCAGCUUGGCUUGGCCUCCUGAGGUGCCCUGAAGUUCGUACUCCAGACAUGAAGUCCUGCUCUCAGAAAUCUUGAGCAAGCUGCAGUCCUGGGUUCUAACGUGUCCCUACUGCUGGUCUGUUCUGCUCUGUGGCCUGGGGCUACUCUCUUCCCCCUCUGGGUCAGGGAUGAUGGGGAGAGGAGCUUCUUCUGGCUCUGCCAAGUGCCCCUGGCACUCCAAACAAGUGUGGGGUAGGGGGAAAGUCACUGAGCCCUGGGGUGGUGGGAAAACAGGCCAGGACUCUGGACUAUGACAAGGUUAAGCCAAUUUGGAUGGUCUUUGUUGUGAUCUGGCAGGCAGAUCAUCAAACCUGGAACUUUGUUUCCAGCUGUCAGACAGUGUCCGAAAUGGUGAAUUGUAAUCUCUGUUCAAGCAACCAUAUAGCAUCAGGGAACUAUCACAUUAGCUGUAGGUAUUUUGUCAGACCAAAGCAGACAAUGCAAACAUGUUUUAAGUGUCAUUGAUCUCCACAAGACUUUGGCCAAGCAAGCUUUCAAUGUGAGAAACAAAAUAAAAUUGAUUUUCGUCUUGUCAUUAAGUCAACACCCUUGUCUGCUUUGUUUUAACACUUGCACUAACACUUCAGCGUGCUCUCUCUGGGGAUGCGGACAUUUCAUGUGAGAGACAUAGACUCUCCUGCCUUUUUGAAUGUGAAUUCAUUAAAAUUAAAUACAAUUUAAAAUUCAGGUCCUCAGUUGCACUGAUAACGUUGCGAGGGCUCAGUAGCCACAUGCAGUGUUGGACAGUGCAGAUCUAGAACACCAUCAUAGUUCUGUUGGACAGCACUGCUGUACACUACAACAAUCGGGGAAGCAGGGACACUUCCUUCUGUGACCGACGACAGACUUGGUCACAGGGAAAACUUGACAGAUUAUGAAGUUAGCUUUUAAAUAUGCCUGCAGACUGUUGGGGGGCUGGAUUGGAUCAGAGGUAUGCUGUAAAGAUUUAUGGAAUUUUAUGUCUUCUGUCCGGUAGCUCAGAGCUGCCCACGUUGCUAUAGCCAGGUUUUAAAGAGAAUGCAGCCAAGCUGAAUUCACUGAGGUGGUGAUUUCAGUCAGUGCACUGGGUCUUAACAUUUAUCAGGCCCUCCAUAGCCUCAGGGCCCUGAAUGCAGGGGCCAGGUGCAGGAGCCCGAUUUCUAGCUGUGGGGGUACUUCUGAUAGGAAGGGGACCCCAUUCUCACUGCUGAGGCAACCACCAAACCACCACUAAGGAUCCUGGGCUGGAUGUUGGGCUGAGGUAUCUGGUGGUAGGUUCUAGAGCAGGGCAGGGGCCUGGGACUCACUCACAUGAAUGAUAACGUCUGGAUUAAUACUGCUGCACUCAAACAUCUAUCUGAUGAGGACAUCCAGAGCUGUGUUCCUAGGCCAAGCUUCGGUUCACUGUUCCAUGAAGCGUGGGUCAUGUAGAAGGGCUCACAACUGUCUCUGAGUUUCCAGGACCCAGCCCACAACUGCCGAGGAAGCCACACAGCCAGCUGUGCACAAGUGGGAACAUCCGUGUCUACUUGUAAGUGCCUGUCUGCCUGUGGGUCCUUGCUUCUGUGUGUGUCAGUCUCCACCUCCUGGCCACCCACGCAGAGGAGGGGAAGCUGAAUAGGCCGAGGUCCACGCCGCUGCCUCUGCUCCUGCUAGGAUGUGGCUCUUCCACACACUGCUCUACAUGACCAGCCUUGCUCUUCUGGCGGCCUUCAACGUGGAUGAGGCCCGGAUCUGGGUGACUCCUGAGGGAGACACACCCUAUGUGCUCAACUCCCUUCUUCACCAAGACUCCAGCACCAACCAGACCUGGCUCCUGGUCACCGGCCCUCAAACCAAGGGGGAAGCAGGCCUCCUGCACUGUUGUUCCCUCAUCCAAGAUAAGAUCUCCUGUAAACGAGUAGAGAUUGUCCCCACCCCAAAGGGAAGGUACCGGGGAGUGACAGUUGUUCGGAACCACCACAGUGUUUUGAUCUGCAUUCAAGUGCUGGCCCGGAAGCCCCACAGCCUCAGCUCAGAACUCACAGGGACAUGCAGCCUACUAUCCAACAACUUCCAAAACCACACCCAGGUCCACUUCUCCAACCUCGAAAAUCUGGAUCCUAGUGCACAUGUGGAUGACAGAAACUGCCACAGGAACAAGAAAGGCAACAUAGAGAAGCCAGCCAGGUGGCGCCGGACUCUGAAGACACAGGAGGAUGAUGAGGAGGAGGCAGCCGGCACUGAGAUUGCCAUCGUCCUGGAUGGGUCAGGAAGCAUUGACCCCCCAGACUUCCAGAGAGCCAAAGACUUCGUCUCCAACAUGAUGAGGAACUUCUAUGAGAAGUGCUUUGAGUGCAGCUUUGCCCUGGUGCAAUACGGGGAAGUGAUCCAGACUGAGUUUGAUCUUCGGGAUAGCCAGGAUGUGAUGGCCUCCCUCGCCAGAGUCCAGAACAUCACUCAAGUGGGGAGAGUCACCAAGACUGCUUCUGCCAUGCAGCAUGUCCUAGACAACAUCUUCACACCAAGCCACGGCUCCAGAAAAAAUGCAUCCAAGGUCAUGGUGGUACUCACCGAUGGGGACAUAUUUGAGGACCCACUCAACCUCACUACUGUCAUCAAUUCCCCAAAGAUGCAAGGUGUUGAGCGCUUUGCCAUUGGGGUGGGAAAGGCAUUUGAGAAUAAUAAGACCUACAGUGAAUUGAAGCUGAUCGCCUCAGACCCCGAUGACAGAUAUGCCUUCAAGGUGACCAACUACACAGCACUGGAUGGACUGCUGAGCAAACUGCAGCAGAAUAUCGUUCAGAUGGAAGGCACGGUUGGAGAGGCCCUCCACUACCAGCUGGCACAGAUCGGGUUCAGUGCCCAGAUCCUGGAUAAGGGGCAGGUGCUGCUUGGUGCUGUCGGGGCCUUUAACUGGUCGGGGGGCGCACUGCUCUACGACAUGCACAGCCACCAGGGUCGCUUCCUGAACCAGACUGCGGCGGAUACCAAGAAUGCACAGUACAGCUAUCUGGGUUACGCAGUGGCCCUACUGCACAAGACCUGUGGCCUCUCCUAUGUGGCGGGGGCUCCACGGUACAAGCAGCGGGGGGCCGUAUUUGAGCUCCAGAAGCAGGGCAGAGAGACCAACUUCGUGCCAGUGCUGGAGGGAGAGCAGAUGGGAUCCUAUUUUGGCUCUGAGCUGUGCCCUGUGGACAUUGACAUGGAUGGGACCACGGACCUCCUGCUGGUGGCGGCUCCAUUCUACCACAUUCACAGAGAGGAAGGCAGAGUCUAUGUGUACCAUCUGAAUGAGCAGAAUGGUUCCAAUGGUUCCUUCUCCUUGGCAUGCACUCUGAGUGGGCACCCUGGAUUCACUAAUGUCCGAUUUGGCUUUGCCAUGGCAACAAUAGGGGAUAUCAGUCAGGAUAACCUCACAGAUGUGGCCAUUGGGGCCCCCCUGGAGGGUUUUGAGGCAGUCGAUGGCACCAGCUUUGGCAGCGUGUACAUCUACAAUGGACGCCAGGAUGGCCUUUCAACUAGCCCCUCUCAGCGGAUCAAAGCCUCAGCGGUCGCCUCAGGACUCCACUACUUCGGCAUGUCAGUGGCUGGUGGCUUAGAUCUGACCGGUGACCACCUUGCUGACAUCACUGUGGGCACUCUGGGCCGGGCAGCUGUGCUCCGCUCAAGACCUGUGGUUUACCUGAAGGUGUCCAUGACCUUCACCCCCAAGGCACUGCCCAUUGGCUUCAACAGCAGUGUGAAUGCAUGUUUGUGUUUUGAAAUCAACCCUAUGACCACAGCUGCUAAGUCAGGCUUCAGAGAGACACUCCUGAACUUCACGGUGGAUGUGGACGUGAUGAAGCAGAGGAAGAGGCUGCAGUGUUCAGACAAGAGAAUUUGUCAGAGCCACCAUAAGGAGUGGGAUGGCGGUGUGCCUCGGCUUUGUGAGUCCCUCCUGCUCAUUCCCACAGAGGGAGAGCUCUGUGAGGAGGACUGCUUCUCCAACAUCAGUGUCAGCGUCAGCUACCAACUCCAGACCUCGGAGGGCCAGAGGGACCAUCCCCACCCUGUUUUGGACUUCUACACUAAGCCCUUCGCCAUCUUCCAGCUGCCCUAUGAGAAGAACUGCAAGAAUAAGUUGUUCUGUGUUGCUGAGUUACAGAUGGCCACCACUACCUCUCAGCAGGAAUUGGUGGUGGGUCUCACAAAGGAGCUGACUAUGAACAUUAACCUAACUAACUCUGGGGAAGAUUCCUACAUGACGACCAUGAGUUUGAAUUACCCCAGAAACCUCCAGUUUAAGAGGAUACAAAAGCCUCCUUCUCCAGACAUUCAGUGUGAUGACCCUAAGCCAAAUGCUUCUGUGCUGGUCAUGAACUGCAAGAUUGGUUACCCUAUACUCAAGAGGUCAUCUGCAAACUUUUCAGUAGUUUGGCAGCUAGAGGAGAAUGCCUUUCCAAACAGGACAGCCAACAUCACUGUGACAGUCACCAAUUUCAAUGACAAAAAGUCUUCGGUCACACAGAGCCACAGCCUUCAAUUCAAGCAUGCCUUCGUUGCAGUUCUCCCUAAACCUUCAGUGAUGUACAUGAACACAAGCCAGGGGCUUUCUGUCUACAAAGAAUUCCUCUUCAAUAUACAUGGGGAAAAUCUAUUUGGAGCUGUAUUCCAGCUGCAAAUUUGUGUUCCAAUCAAAUUACAAGCUCUCCAAUUUAUAAGAGUGAAAAACCUGACAAAGAUUCAGGCCCACACCGAGUGCAAGUCUAGUCCGAAGUCGGACCGCUGUGGGAGCGAUCCUGCUUGGUAUGUGGAAGAAUGGUAUUCAGUGAACUGUACCAUCACUUCGAAUACAGAAAAUGUAACGGUGGCCGCGGAGCUGUCCUUGAAUCAAUCUCAGCAGAUACUUGAGAUGUUACCAAGAGGUGUAACUGAACUACAGAUCGUUGGUGAAAUAUCUUUCAACAAAUCUCUAUAUGAGAGGCUGAAUGCAGAGAACCACAGAACUAAGAUCACUGUCAUCUUCCUGAAAGAGGAGUAUUAUUUGUCUGUCAUCAUUAUUAUUGGAAGCAGUGUUAGUGGCCUUCUGGUUUUGACUGUGAUUAUAAUCAUCCUAUUUCAGUGUGGCUUUUUUAAAAGAAAAUACCAACACCUGAACUUGGACAGUACAAGGAAGACCCAGCUGAAAUCUGAGAAUCUGCUCGUAGAAGAUUAGGGCCAGCUUCCUCAUCUGUUGGGAGAGAACAUCAAACCAAGUUUGGGUUUGUUCCUUUUUUUUUUUUUUUUAAGAUGAUCUAGAGUAGAAUCUAACAAAUUAAUUGUGGAAUAUUGUUUUUUAACCAUACGUUGUACUAAAAAUGUGUGUUGUGCAGAAAAUAAACUUGGUAAACAUCUGAUAUUAAAUAAAAUUAAACUGUUUUCUUUAUAGAAGUGCCUUUAAUACAGAAACAUAAUAUACUUUGUGAUAUUUUUUUCCCCAAGAGGAGGUACGGCAAUUUCUAACCUUAUUUGCCUAAAAAUGCUUUUUCUCGGCAUUUCUAUUAAUGUCUCCCAAUGUAGUCUUCUACAGAGUACCUCUUGGGGGACAGUGUUCAGAAACAUUUCCUAGUCUGGCAUUUUCAAGAUCCUAAGAUGUUGCCUAUUAUUUCAAAUCAGGCCAUAAAAAAGCACCGCCUAUAACAAAUGUAAAAAGGAGAAAAACAAAAGUCACCAAAACAGGAACUAGGGAGGCAAAGAGAAAACAAAGACUUUGAUCUGUAGUUUCAUUUCUGUUGUGUUUAAUGCACUGUGUUAAUCCUUACCCAGCUUCCUGCUUAGUGACUUGCUCAGGGAGACUUUUGUUCCUCUGUAAAUACUGUCACUGGGAGAGAGCACUGUUGCACAGGUGGAGAUGGAACCUGGCCUGGGAGUUGGGGGCACAGAGAUUAGGGCCUCGUUACAGGCUGGCUUUGUUCUUGGUAUCUUACUUUAUCUUUAUGCCCCAUGUUAAAACUUGACCCAUCUCCCUACUCCUAACCCUGUAAUGGAGCAAUCUUUGUUUUCAUGGAUCAUAAAAGUUAUUGCAUAAAAAUUAAAUGGUGUGUCAGUAUA